UAUUAAAAUUUAAUCGCACAUGCAACAUUUUAUGGCGCCAUUUUAUUUUCGUCGGUAGAUGGCGAAAUGGUGAUAAAAUAGUAAACAGAAGUUUUGUGUGAAGGUCGAACUAAAGGUAUGCGCGCGUGAUUGUAAGCCCCUUACUUUUUGAAAACCAAAUUAAUCAAAUGCCUAGCGGACCAAUAAACGGCAAUGGCCAUGGCGAAGAGAGCGCUGAACCUGUGGCUGUGAUUGCCUUUUGCAACGCAUUAUUAGAUAUGUCGAUAUCGGUUGCAGAUGACUCAUUGAUAAAGAAAUAUGGAUUACCCUGUGAUGCGCAGAUCGAAAUAACAAGGGAACAACAGAGCCUUUUCUCGGAAGUCCUACACAAUUACCCAGUCGAAUACGUGGCAGGUGGCAGCGCACAAAACACGUUGCGAAUCCUUUGCCGACUCGUCAACAACAAAUGGCCGUCUUACGUGGUUGCUAAAAUUGCCAACGAUCCCGUCGGCAUCAUCCUUCAAAAGUUAUUAGCCCAAGAUGGCGUUCAAACUCGAUACGUCAUUGAUGAAAACUUGCCGACGGGCUGUUGCGUUGCUAUUGUCCGCCCGGACGGCACGCGUUGCCUGGCUGCUAACAUCGGUGCAGCUCGUGAAUUCAGUAUGAAGAAUUUGGACAGCAUUAACGACGUCAGAGAUUUGAUAGAUCGGGCCAGAGUUCUCUAUAUCGAAGGAUUCUUUGCUAGCCACAGCCCCGACGUUGCUAUGGCGGCCCUAAUCCGUGGCCAUUCUCGAUGUGGGCUCGUCCGUCUCUUUAGCCUUUCGGCCCAAUAUAUCUGCCUGCAGUCUCACAGUCUUUUAAGACGGUUUCUUUCCUACUGCAACCUCGUCGUUGGUAACGAAGACGAAUUCCGUGCAUUGGCCCAAUGUGCCGGCCUGGUUAAUCACGCUGAACCCAUAGCCAGCGUGGCUCGCAAAAUUGCCGGUUUGGAAUAUAUCCCACCUGUGAAUCAAACUCAAUCUUGUCUUCUCGACGAUUUUCAAGGGUCGGCUGAUUGGGAUUGGUCUAAUCUGAACGAACGAUUGGUAGUUGUGACUUGCGGAGCUUCGGGAGUCGUUUGCGCUACUUCGUCCGAUUCUUGGGAAUACGCGGCUGUGAAACUUCAGCCGAAAGAAAUCAAAGACACAACCGGAGCUGGUGAUGCGUUUUUAGCUGGAUUUCUUUCACAACUUCUCGUCUCAAGUCCGCUCGAUGUUUGCGUCGCUACCGGCCAACAAACAGCUCGUAUCGUCAUUACUCAAGUCGGUUGUCGACUCCCGCUUUGAAUUUCUAGUUGAGAACAUUUCAAAUUUAGUUCAGUAUUACCAUUUUCAAAUAGUCUGGAUGUGUUUAUAUAGGCCCCCCCCCUUUUAGAAAUGAUGAAGAUUAAAGAGCUAUUGAUAUUCAUUCACAUUAAUAGCUAAAUGAACUUCGCGAUGCAAUACUGCAAGAAAGAUUGUUUAGUGAUCAUA